AUGGAAUAUGAGAAGGAAGUUGUAGUCACCAAAUUAAUCUUAUUGUUUGAUUCUUUUUCACUUUUUUAUUUCUUUAUUAAAUCUUUUCUUUUUCUUUUUCAAUUUCUUAUUUGUUUUCUUGGUUUUCUUUUUCAUUUUCUUUUAUCUUCUUUUUCAUCAUGUUCUUAUUCUAUUUUCUUUUCUUUUUCCUUUUUGUUCAUCUCUUUCUUUUCAUUUUAUACUACUCAUUCACCUUCUUCAUUUGCCAUACACUCUCUUAUUUCUUUUUCAAUUUUGAACAUACUUAUUCACUUAUUAUUAUUAUUAUUUUUAUUCAGUGCCUACAAUCCUCUUUUUCUUCCUUCAGCAUUUUCCUCUUCUUCAGUGUCCUGUUGUUGUUCUUUAUCUUCUCUCUCAAUGUCUACAUUCUUCUUUUUCUUCUUUAAGUGUUUCUUCUUUUUCCCUUUCAGUGUAUACAAUUCAGCUAGUGUAGAUAUACAAGUUUGA